AUGGCCGGCAAGAUCGAUGCUUAUGUUGACUGCGUGUCCCCAUACUCAUACUACGCGACACAGUACCUGCGGCGUAACCGCAAAGCCCUAGAAUCACAUGGGGUCGAGGUCGAGAACAAACCCCCGUGGACCCUCCCUGCCAAAGGAGCCUACAGCAAGUUCGACUCGGAGCGUGCCUGCAGAUACUUUGGGCUCUCCAAAUUCCCUUCCGGAGUCUUGUGUGUCCCAGAGCUUACAAUAGCAGCCGCAACGGUGCAUGAUCUACAUCAAGCGCCACUACCCGCGCGAGCGCUACGAAACGACCUUCCUUCUCCUCUGGAGUGGAUUUUCCAUAAGAACAUCGAUAUCAGCAAGCCCGAGAACCUCGCCGAGCUUCUCCAGAGCCAUGGCUACUCCGACGACGAGGUGAAGAGUAUCCUGGGCGCAGCAUCAACGUCCGAAUUUAAGCAGGCAUUGACAGAUAAUACGCAAGCGGCCCUUGACAAGGGCGCGUACGGUGCUCCGUGGUUCUGGGUCAGGAAUAAGGAAGGGAAAGAAGAGCCAUUCUUUGGCAGCGAUCGGUUCGCAUUCAUGUGGCAAUACCUGGGGUUGCCUUUUCAAGAUAUUGCGAUCUUGGAGAAGUCCAAAAUGUAA